UUCUCCCCGUUCUCCGCGCCAGCCUGGACCAUGGCGGCUGCGGCCGGCUCAGGCGGGCGCUCCAAGGUGGCCCCCAGUGUGGAUUUCGACCACAGCUGCUCGGAUAGCGUCGAAUACCUGACUUUGAACUUCGGGCCUUUCGAGACGGUGCAUCGGUGGCGCCGCCUCCCGCCUUGCGACGAGUUCGUCGGGGCCCGCCGCAGUAAACACACCGUGGUCGCCUAUAGAGAUGCCAUCUAUGUGUUCGGUGGAGAUAAUGGAAAAACAAUGUUGAAUGACCUGUUGAGAUUUGAUGUGAAGGAUUGUUCUUGGUGCAGGGCUUUUACUACAGGGACCCCUCCAGCACCCAGGUAUCAUCAUUCAGCAGUGGUCUAUGGAAGCAGCAUGUUCGUAUUUGGUGGCUACACUGGAGACAUUUAUUCCAAUUCGAAUUUGAAGAACAAAAAUGAUCUUUUUGAAUAUAAGCUUGCAACUGGUCAGUGGACUGAGUGGAAGAUUGAGGGAAGGCUGCCAGUUGCCCGGUCAGCCCAUGGUGCAACAGUGUAUAGUGAUAAACUGUGGAUCUUUGCAGGAUAUGAUGGGAAUGCACGGCUAAAUGACAUGUGGACCAUUAGUUUACAAGACAAGGAGUUAACUUGCUGGGAAGAGAUUGAUCAGAGUGGUGAGAUUCCUCCUUCAUGCUGUAAUUUUCCUGUAGCUGUUUGCAAAGAGAAGAUGUUUGUGUUUUCUGGCCAGAGCGGAGCAAAGAUCACCAAUAAUCUCUUUCAGUUUGAAUUCAAGGAAAAAAUAUGGACACGAAUUCCUACUGAGCAUUUAUUACGAGGUUCUCCUCCCCCUCCACAGCGGAGGUAUGGUCACACAAUGGUUGCCUUUGAUCGCCAUCUUUAUGUGUUUGGAGGAGCUGCAGACAACACAUUGCCGAAUGAACUUCACUGUUACGAUGUGGACUCUCAAACCUGGGAAGUUAUUCACCCUAGUCCAGAUAGUGAGUUGCCAACUGGAAGGCUCUUCCAUGCUGCAGCUGUCAUUUGUGAUGCAAUGUACAUCUUUGGUGGGACAGUGGACAAUAACAUUAGAAGUGGAGAAAUGUAUAGAUUUCAGUUUUCCUGUUAUCCAAAAUGCACUUUACAUGACGACUAUGGAAGACUGUGGGAAAACAGACAAUUCAGUGACUUGGAGUUUGUUCUUGGUGAGAAUGAAGAAAGGGUUCAAGGGCAUAUAGCCAUUGUCACAGCUCGCUGUAAGUGGCUCAGGAAGAAAAUUACACAGGCAAGAGAGAGGUUGAAACAGAAAUCUAACCAAGAGAUUGAUGAGGAAGGACAGGAGUCACCCCAGAAGGAGAUGUCUGGUAGCAACAUUAAACUGUGCCACUUGCAACCACCACUGGAGGUGACCAUUCGGGAAGCUGAAGCCCAGCCCUUUGAAGUGCUGAUGCAGUUUUUGUAUACAGACAAAAUCAAAUACCCACGUAGAGGACAUGUGCAAGAUGUACUGCUUAUUAUGGACGUGUAUAAAUUGGCCCUUCACUUCAAGCUGUCACGACUUGAACAGCUAUGCCUCCAGUACAUUGAGGCAUCAGUAGAUCUACAGAACGUGCUGGUUGUAUGUGAAAAUGCGAACAAGCUUCAACUGGAUCAGCUAAAGGAACACUGCCUGAAUUUUGUGGUGAAAGAAUCCCAUUUUAAUCAGGUAAUAAUGAUGAAAGAAUUUGAACAUCUUUCUUCAGCUUUGAUAGUAGAAAUAGUACGACGAAAGCAGCAGCCUCCUCUUCGAACACAUUCUGAUCAGCCUCUUGAUAUUGGGACAUCAUUGAUACAGGAUAUGAAGGCUUAUCUAGAAGGUGCUGGACUUGAAUUUUGUGACAUCAUAUUGCUCUUAGAUGGUCAGCCAAGGGCUGCUCAUAAAGCCAUUCUUGCAGCUCGCUCCAGUUACUUUGAAGCCAUGUUCCGUUCUUUUAUGCCAGAAGACGGGCAAGUUAAUAUUUCUAUAGGAGAAAUGGUUCCAAGCAAACAAGCAUUUGAGUCUAUGCUAAGAUAUAUUUAUUAUGGUGAAGUGAAUAUGCCUCCUGAAGAUUCCCUCUAUCUCUUUGCUGCCCCUUAUUAUUAUGGAUUCUACAAUAACCGUCUGCAAGCAUAUUGUAAGCAGAACCUGGAAAUGAAUGUUACUGUGGAAAAUGUGCUCCAGAUUUUAGAGGCAGCUGACAAGACCCAGGCUCUGGAUAUGAAGAGACAUUGCCUGUAUAUCAUUGUUCACCAGUUCACCAAGGUCUCCCAGUUGCCAAAUCUUCGAUUCCUGAGUCAGCCUCUCCUUCUUGACAUCAUAGAAUCAUUAGCAAAUCACAUAUCAGACAAACAAUGCGCAGAGCUUGGCUCAGAUAUCUAAGGAUUCUUGCAUUCUACAUAUCGCUGUUCAAGAAGUUGCACUGUACCUUACAUGUACUGUCACAAUCUGUCUAGUUUGUUACCUUUUCUACCUGAUGAGAAUUUCCUCACCAGUUGCACCCACGAUCUGGUAAGACGUCCUGAAAACUUCAGAAUGUGCUGUGAAACUUCCUAAUCUUCUAUAGAUAGAUUUGAACUUGUAUCUGAUGUCUCAAAUGCAAAUAAGAGAGAUGAUAAUUUCCACUUGGUCUUUAAUAUCAACCAGGGCAAUAUGUACAUUAUUCCAGAUAAUACUGAAAAAACCACUUUGUUACUGAGAUGAUCUUUAAAUCCGUGCUCCCAGGAGAGUUGAUAAAUUUUCUUCUCUUUCUGAUCAGUGGUUUUCUCCUCUGUCACAUGGUUCCUAUUAACCAUGAUGGUGGAGCUAAGAGAUUGUCUCAGGCCCUUUCUGCACACCACCGGGAGAAUGGGUUGCAGGUGGGAUAAAGAAAUCCACUCUCCCUUCUGUCCUGUUUGCAUGCCCCUGUGCAGGCAGUGACUGGAGCCCAUGGAAGCAAUGUGAGCCUCUGUUGUGCCUUUGCAAGGAGGUGCAUCUUUUAAAAAAACAAUUCACCUCUCAUACUGCUUAGCUGCACAGGGAGAACCUUUAAAAACUGGGAAGCGAGGCAGCUGUUCGCUUGCAAGCAGCUGCAAUCUGCAUUACAACUGAAGAAUCACAGAUAGUGCGAUUCUUGAAAAACUCGGGUUGGGAGGAAAACAUGGAGCAAACUUGCAUUAGGAGCAGGAUCCAUGCAAAUUCCCCCCGAUACGGGUUAGCCCGAGUUUAUUGGCCCGUGCGGAAAGGGCCUCAGUGACUGUUGGGGAUGGUUUCAAAUAAUCAUAAAUGCUCUGUAACAGCCAAAGUUGUGGUGUUCUACAAUGUAUCAAGUCACUACAUAGAGCAUCUGUGCAUCUACAUGCACAGUCACUACAUAGGGCAUUUGUGCACUACAAAGUGCAUCCAUCAUGCAUUUACUGACUGGUAACUGUCCUUCCUUUCUCAACAUCUAAGCAGAUGUCUCCAAAGACUAUCUUCAAAAUACUUACUGUUAUCCCUUUUGCUGUGUGUUUGUAUAAAAGAUUGAAUACAUGUCCUGAAAAGUACAGUAGCAAAGAAAUGUAAAUGUAAGGAAUAUAAGAUAUCUUAGUAAACCUGUGCUGCUUUACCUUUGCAAUUAUCAAUGCAGAUGGAUGCCUGACAUUUCAUGCCAUUAAAUUACACAUAGCCCUAGAUAUGGAUCCAGUAAAUGAUAUUUACCCUAACCUAGAAAACACUUAACCAAUAUACAGAUAGUAAUGUAAAUUUCCCCCAAAAAAGUUAAUUGAACUGCACUCAUGGUGUCUACUGGCUGCCGGUUGUUUCUUGACAAUUAUGGUGUUACAUUUUUUUAAAAGAACAAAAUUGAAGUCCAGUAGCACCUUAAAGGCCAACAACAUUUUCCACAGUAUGAGCUUUCAUAAAUCAGAGCUUUUACUCAUGAAGGCUUAUACCCUGGAUAAUAUUGUUAGUCUUUAAUGCUGCUGGACUCAAAUUCUGCACUACUACAAGAAAAAAUACAGUUACCCCCUUGAAAGCACUUCAUUUAACUAAAAGAACAUAUUUUGGGGAUGAAAAAAACCCUUCAUUAGAUUUUAUCAACAGUGGCAUGUCUACGUAUGUCAUGGAUCGAGAAUAACCUUAGAACAGUGAAGUGUACCUGGCUGCUUCCAAGCCUAGAUGAUUUCCUGUGGUGGUCUGGUUGCUGACGUGAUUCUGUGUGAAAUUGUCCUUGUGACCAAAAUUCCAGACAACAGAGAUUUCAAUGUAUUGUUGAAGGCUUUCACGGCCGGAAUCACUGGGGUGCUGUGCGGUUUCCGGGCUGUAUGGCCGUGUUCUAGCAGCAUUGUCUCCUGACUUUUCACAGAUGCAGGUGAAAUGUCAGGAGAGAAUGCUGCUAGAACACUGCCAUACAGCCCGGAAACCACACAGCACCCCAACAGAGAUUUCAUUUUUAGCAGCAUUUUCUCUUUCAUACCUAACAUGCAUCAAAGCCCCCUGAACUAUAUUCUCACAUUACCCUGAGGAUUCUCCCCCAUCCUGUUUUAACUUUUGUUAAUUUUGAAAAGCAUGGAUAAUGCAGUGCUACAUAGAAAGAAUACAGUACUUUUUAAAAAAGCUCCACGUAUUUGCUGACAUCUCCAAUGAUCCCCACCCCUUCCCUAAAAGGCAGGCUGAGCUCUGGGUAACUUUCUUUUUGUCUUCAGAAAAGCCAAGUAUGAGUAAUGCUGGAUUAGGAAUAACAUAAUAAGAGCAUUUAAAAGAAAACCUUACAUUGGCAGGGCCUCUGACAAUCCCGUCCCUUAUUUCUAAAAGACAAGCGAUUCUCUUCUGUAGUAAUCGAGUGCAGUAGCACCUUAGAUACCAACAAGAUUUUCAGGGUAUAAGCUUUCAGGACAGUAUCUGAAGAAGAGAGCUGUGACUCUUCUCAUCUAGUCAUCUUUCUGUUAUGCUGAUUGUUGCCCCUUAAGGUCAUCAACAAAUUAAAAGAGUAAUUGACUAGCUCUUCACUAAAGACCUGCAGUUGUGUUGUUUCCUCUUCAGACACAAGGAAGUGUUCACGCUGGUAGUGUCCUGCCUUGGAAAUACUAGAGUGUUUUUCUGGUUUAAAAUAAUGCAGGGUUUUUGGCAGGGAGGUGGUUGGUAUGUGUAUAAAGUAUGGGCUGUUAAUGGUCUGUGCAGAAAUACAAAAUGACAUAAUGUGGCAAUAUGAAAAAGCCCACACCAGUUUUAUGGUUAAAAUGUGGGAAAUGGCCUUUGUCAGAAUGGAAAUAUAUGUGGUAUAAAAAUAUACCAGAUAGGCACUAGAAAGAUAAAAGGGAUCAGACAUCUGUGUACAUUUACCACUCACCGCUCUUGCAUUUGCAACAAAGUUUGCACAGUUGUUGUCAAGUUGGUGCCAUAGAAUAGGGGAAACAACCUGUGGCUACCAAUCUUGAUCAUCCUUGAUCUGAGAUUGCAAAUGCCUUAGCAGACCAGGUGCUUGGGAGCAGCAGCAGCAGAGGGCCAUUGUUUCACAUCCCGCACGUGAGCUCCCAAAGGCAUCUGGUGGACCACUGCAAGUAGCAGAGUGCUGGACUAAGUGGACUCUGGUCUGAUCCAGCAGGCUCUUUCUUAUGUUCUUAUGAGAUGAUAAAACUUACUGGUAAAGAAGAAUGCCAGUUUGAAUUGCGUGAAAUGUUUUUUUUCUUUUGAAAAUUGGUUAAUAUUUUUUCUCCAAUUAAAAGUCACCUGCAUUUGUUUUCAGAAAUAUAAUUAAAUUAAAAGCAAAAUUAUGUAAAAAGGAUAUUUAGAUAUUUUGGAUAACUUUCAUCAAGACAAUCUAUAGGAAUGUUUGAUGUUUCUUGCAUUUAUUUUGCUAGUAUCGUGGCUCUUGCAAAGAUGGUUGUGAAUUGGAAUAUCUCAAAUUAAUAUAUUUGUUUGGUAAGAAAUUGCAGCCAGUUGCUCUGCUUGGAAUAUUUUGUAUUCCUUCAGAUUGCCCUUAAUUUAGAAAUGGUGAAGAACUGAGCACCAGAAUUCAUGCUGUUCAAGUCGGAGGGUGAAAGAACUGAUGCUUCUUAAUGGGGAUUUAGUAUUUCUUUAAAUUCUCCCUGUAGGCUUAAUAUUGUACUACUGUUUGUGACACUAAUCUAUUUGCAUGUGUUGGAAGAAUGACUGCAGGAGUCACUUGCACAGUUAUUGGUAGCUAUGAUUUAUGUAGUGCAUAUUUUGAGAAUAAGUGCCUCAAAAUGAAUGAAAUGUAUUUUGAGCCUGUACAGUAUGGUUUUCAUUCUGUCUGUUCAAAUUGGGAGAAGAGUGCAGAUCAGAGUGGACUUGUGCUAUAAGCCUUUUGGUUUCUGGGAGAAGAGUGGAUUAUAAAUGACGUCAAUAAAAUUAAUUUUAGGAGCAGUCACUCUGACUGCUAAUGAAUGACACUACCAAAUGGUUUCCCUGCCAAAUUUAACAAUAGAUCCUUGGACUGUUCAGAUGCAUGCAGUGCCUCUCUUAGCUCCUCCGCUGGUCUCAGUUUUGUAGUUCAUUUUGAAGGUUACAGUUGACUGUUAAUUUUUUUUUCAUAUCUUCCUACUGCUUGAAAAAGUACAAUAUAUGUAGACCUCUGGGGCAAUGACAUGCCUAGUUUAUCACAGUCUGCUCUGUGGAUUUCUAUCCCAUCACUUGCGUUCACUUUUCUAUCUCUGACUACUAUACUACCACCGCUAUGCUGGUCUUUUAAGGAACAGCAGGGUCACUUUUACUCAUGGAUUGUAUCCUAGCAAUUGGCUUGCUUUAUUCUGCUGAAUUAUGCAGAAAUGAAGGUUAACCUCACUGACAUCAAGGGUCAAUACAUUAGUAGUUACAGAUUUAGUUGAAAUUUGAAGCCAUUCCGAACUGAUUUCUAAUUAAAAGUGGGGUCACUGUAAAAUGGCUAAUUACAUUUUUCAAUUAUCAUUUAGUUCACUAGUUCUACUUACAAUUCAAAUGGAGUACAUGAACAGAAAUCUUUUGCAGUGCAACAAAGCACAAUUGAUGUCUUGCUGCCCAGCUUUUUGCAGACUGCUUGAAUAUAUUUUGCACACUAUCCAACUAAAACCAUUACUUCAGCAAAUGGAUAUAUUAAAAUCUUACAUGUAUAGCUGAUUUUGUGUUAUAGUACCACAGUGUCCACGUGCAGUGCAGACAUCAGGCUUUCCUUGGUGCAUACAUUUCUUGAGUCUCCAGGUGAAACUGAUGAUUUAAGUCGUAUGAUACAUGUAGUGAUUUCAUAAUGGGGAAAAAAACCAUCAUUAAAAUGUAUGGGACUCAUUCUCAGGGGUGGACUGGAAAAUGAAAAUGGCCCUGGAACAAGUCAAGCUGAACAGCCUCUUGCUUCACUACAAGUCAGCUUUGGAGGGAAAUCUCAGCUGUGCCCACAGUGGGCAUUAGCUCAUCCAUUGCUGCCUCCUGCACACUGGCAGCUGUGGAAGUGGUAGGUGAUGGGUUGGCACUGAAUUUUAUUGCUGCUGAAGGGUCCAUGCCAAGUUGCCUCCGAUGCCCCUGGCAAAAUUGCGAGAGUUUGUUUCUGCUAGCUCCUCACAUGGUCCACCUAUAAGUCAAAUGGCCUGUCCACCCCUGCUAGCACCCAUAAUUAGCCUGAAAGUGGCUUCUUUAAAUUUACCAAGAUAGACAGGGUCCAAGAAAAUCAACUGGGAUUGUCUUUUCAAAGCCUUAGUUUUGACACCUCUUGUUUUAUGCCUGUGUGUCAAAAAUGUGGUCUAGAUAAAUUGACUUAAGUCAACAUCCAGCCCUACUGGGAUUUGUAUUUGGGCUUGAGUAAUCUUCCAAAUCCUUUUUGUUCUGCGAGUUUAAUGCCCUGAUUCUCUGUAUGUAUAUUUUGUUCAGGAUCUGUACAUAAAGCUUUUUGCAUGGGUUCUCUAUAGGUGUUUUCAUCCGGUUUCUUAUUGUAAGAGUACCUCUUAUUAACUGAUUAGAAACAAAACUAUAUUGUUUCAGGGGGCCAACAAAUCCUUUAAAAAUAAAAACUGAAGAGUCUAGAGUAAUUCAGUUAUAGAAAAUACAUAAUGUGCUACACGUUUCACAAGAUUGAUGAUUUAUGUCUUUUAAUUACUGACAAGAUUCAUAAGACGGAUUCAGAAAAUAAAUUAUUAACAAGAUAGAGAAUGCAAGCCAAUAAAUUUUCUAUUUUGUCUUAUAUUGUUGGGUGAAAUGCCCCCAGAAAUCAUCUUCCUGCACCCCUUGUGUCAUGUUUCAGGGAGCAUUUCAGGCUGCCAUGGAAAUGGGAAACAAAAAUGCUUCAAAAUACAGCAAAACUAUUUGUGCCCACAAAAAUGAUUCUUUGGACCCAACACAUUAUGUUGUAUUUUCCAUUUUCAAUAUUUUAUAGAAUUUAGAUACCAUCCCUUUAAGAUUUUUUUUUUCCUUAUUUGGAACACCAGCGAAAAAUGUAGUUUGAAGACCUAACUCAGUAAAUAAGCUUCUGCCCUUGUCAUCAAACUUAACUUCAGCAGUUCCAUAUUUAUUUAUCACAAUUGUACUCCAUUCUUCCUCUAAAAAUCUCAAGGAUAAAGUGGGACAGCCCAUACAAACUCCCUGAAGUUCCUUCUGAUUGGCUGAAGAUCAUAACUUCUGUGUAAGAGUUAGGAUUUGAACCCAGAUCUCCCCAGUCCAAGUUGGAUGAGGUAUCCAUUACACUGCAGUGGAUAAGAACCUGUUGAAUUUGUACAGCUUGUACAGAGGAACAAAGGUACAAUCUAGAAUUUUGCUGUACAUAAUUUAACUAUUGGAUCUAGAAGGAGCAUGAUGAGGUAUGUAAAAUGUUGGUGUUCUUUUAAUUUCUGUAAUUACCAUUAUCUAAUUUAUUAGUUAUAAAAUUGUGUAUGGUAUUUAAA